UAUUCAGCGAUUAUAUAUCAUACAAAAAACGGAAAUGGAAAAUCACAUGAUCUCCUCACUCUGACGAAAUCAGGUAUACACGUAUUAACUGAGUGCAAUGAGAGAUUAUUUAAAUAACUCAAAAGUAAAUUUAGAAACGAAUGUACACUAAACUUUAAAGAUGGGAAUUUAAAUUCUGUGUCCUUAAAAAUGAAUUUGAUAAUAAAGUUUACCUGUGUAAACAGUUUGCUACUUCGGAGCAAACAGUGGGAUUAACACAAUGUAGCAUACUUGCAACUGAAGUGCAACCAAUUAGCUAGACUAAAGUAAACGUUAUUAAGGAUAUGUCAGAAAAAGAGUGACCUAUGAAUUAUGGAUUUUCGGAUGCCGUAUCUAUCAACUGGAGAUAAACUGUGCUAUAUUAUGAUUUUAAACUGCUUCCUAACUUGUGGAUGUAAAUCACUUAAUUCUUCGAAUGUCAACAUCACUAGGAAAGAAAUUCUAAAUUCGAUUUUGGAUGGUUACGAGGCCUGGAUUUCCCCUAACUAUGAUAAAGAAACUCUAGGAUAUACAGGUCGUCCUAUCAUUGACAUUGUUCAGCUCUAUGUUCUUAGCAUUGAUUCUAUACGAGACGCUAAUAUGGACUACACAAUGUCAUUCUAUUUUCGCCAACGAUGGAUUGACCCACGACUUAUAUACAACGCCUCUUACGGAAUCGAGGUCAUCGAGCUCGACACAAAGCUUAUGGAGCGAAUAUGGGUUCCUGAUAUUUAUUUUGUCAACGAAAAACAAGCAACAAUGCAUGAUGUGACUGUGCCUAAUAAAAUGAUGUAUCUUUAUCCCAGUGGACUAGUUCUCUAUAGUACAAGAAUAACAGGUGUCUUUUCCUGUAUGAUGAAUCUUCAGAAAUAUCCUCUCGAUCGACAAAUAUGUAGCCUUAGAUUAGAAAGCUAUGCACACAGUGCAAAAACUAUCGUUGUUCGAUGGAAGACACCAGCUGUUGAGUUCUCUCCCUCUCUUCUUCUUCCACAGUUUGAAAUUGAAAAAAAUCACCCUUCAAUUUGCGAUACGUUGUAUAUGGGAAUUAAUUACUCUUGUGUUGCACUUGACAUUCACCUGAAACGGAAUCAUGGGUACUACGUCACUCAGAUCUACGUCCCCAGCGCUUUAGUAGUGGUCCUAUCGUGGGUCAACUUCUGGCUAACAGUGGAUGCAGUUCCAGCCCGAAUUUCCCUCGGUCUUUUAACUGUGCUCACUAUGACAACACAAAGCACGUCAUUUUUCUCAAAUUUACAAAAAGUGUCUUAUAUUAAGGCCUUAGACGUGUGGUUGGCUGUUUGUAUGAUGUUUGUGUUUUCAGCAUUAUUAGAAUUUGCUUAUGUGAAUGUAACGUUUCGAGUAACCAACAGAAGGAAGUCUAUACAGGAUCUGCCAAUGUUCGUGCAUACAAAUGGCGACUGUAAACCAGAUUCCGUGUUUUCUUUAGGUGGAGUUGAAAACGACGUUACGCGGCGAAAUCAAAACCACAAUCAACCAAAUGCAAGUAAACAGAAAAAAGCUGGACUUCUUGAAAGUUUGUAUUCAAAAGAGCGGGAAAAGGCUCGCAAUAUUGACCGUAUUUCACGCAUAUUGUUUCCGGUUGCAUUUCUUGUAUUUAACAUUGCUUAUUGGUGCGUAUAUUUAUUAUGGGAACCCACAAAUGAACCAAAUGGUUCCUGAUGACUGCCAAAAUAUGUAUUUGUACCUAUAUAUCAGUAUUUAUAUUGUUUGCAUAAUAGAUGCAGAACAUACCAUACUGUAAUUGUAAAAUUCAGACACUGAAGUGUACUACAGUGUGCAUUCAUUAUAUCCCAUUUAAACAUGAUGUAAUCUUAACUUUACCUUCUCCUUAAUUAUUCAAUUUUGAUAUUUAGUCACAAUUUGGGGUAUAUUUUGUUAAACUAUCAAUGUUACUGAACUAAAAACAAAAACAGUAAAUGUGCAACUUGGAGAAAUUACUACAUCAUAUGUAGAACUUGUUUAAUCAUAAGAUGUAUUUUUUUUGCAAAUUAUUGUUUUAUAUAUACCAAACUUAAUUG